AUGAAGGCCUACGCUGUCAUCCUCUCCCUCGCGACUUUGGCUGCUUGCCAGGCACCUCAGCCUCCCCCGGCCCCCGCUCAAGGAGAUACCCCCGCCUGCGCGGAGGCUAAGAUUCUGGCCGGUGGAAUCGCCCUGAACAUCCAGGUUCAGCAACAGGAGCAGGCUGGUCUCGCAGCCGUCUCCCAGGCUCUCCAGGCGAACCCCGUCAACAUGCAGCAGUUCCAGGUCGCCAAGUCCAACCUGCUCUCCUUCGUCAGCGACGGUAUCCAGGUUCGCCAGGCCAACCAACUUAUUGCGCCCUCUGGCAACGCCGCCACCCAGGGACUGGCUGUGGUCGCCAAUGCCCAGCUUACCGAACUUCAGAAGGUCGCCGGUCUUACUGGCAACCCCCAGCAAGACAACCCAGUUGUCCAGUCGCUGAUGAUGGACUUCUCCGGAGGUAUCCAGCAGAACAUGAAGAACCAACAGGCUGUAGGCACUUACUGGCUGCUAGAGAAUGGCAUGAUUCAAAGCGGUCAUCAUGGUAAUAAGCGAUGGUGCUCGGAAUUGGAUUGGGCAACGGCGUUCACAGGCUUUGUCCUACUUACUUUUUAA